CCGACUCCUCGGAGUCCAGGAGGCACACGUUUGAAUGGCGAUCACUGCCAGCAGCGCCAUUGCAUUUCCGUCGUUGAGAAUCGGAGCAGCCUCAGCGCGAAGAAACAUUAGUGACCUUGGCCUCUGUCAGAUCCGAGGAAUUGCCCUCCAGAAUAGUUGUUCGCUGCGCCCACUCUUCGCCAUGACUAGAAGCGCGGAGCGGCCAGAGGGGUCGGCAGCACCGCUUGACCCAGGAGUGUCGCAGGCCAACGGUGCUGCGCCUCAGGUUGACGUAAGAGGAGCAUCAGAUGCAGCCCCCAUUCCGGAAGUCCCCGAAGCCGCAUCCCCGUACAAAGUGUUCCGGCUGUCGGAGCAGCACAGAGCUUCGGACUGGGUCAAGGACCUGGAAUUGGAGUCGGCGCAGGGUUUCCAGCCGCGGGGCCAGCGCAUCACGACGCCCCCAAAGAUCCUCGUCCUGUAUGGCUCUCUCCGGGAGAGAUCCUACUCGCGCUUGCUGGCGUACGAGUUUGCGCGCAUUCUCGAUCUGCUUGGCUGCGACGUCCGCGUCUUCGACCCUCGAGGUCUUCCAAUGAAAGACGAGACAUCGGACGCGCACCCCAAAGUGCAGGAGAUCCGGCAGUUGUCCGUCUGGUCCGAAGGCCACGUGUGGGUCUCUCCGGAGCAGCACGGAACCAUCACUGCCGUCUUCAAGAAUCAGAUUGAUUGGAUCCCGCUCAACCUGGGGUCCGUACGGCCAACCCAAGGACGCACGCUCUGCAUCGCUCAGGUCAAUGGAGGCUCCCAAAGCUUCAACGUCGUCAACAUUCUUCGAGUGCUCGGUCGGUGGAUGCGCAUGAUUGUCGUCCCCAACCAGUCUUCCGUUCCAAAGGCGUGGACAGAGUUUGACGAGCGGGGUCGUAUGAAAGCGAGCGGCUUGCGAGAUCGGGUUGUCGACGUUGCGGAAGAGUUUUACAAGUUCACUUUGCUGACGAGAGAGCAUGCGCAGUUUCUGGUAGAUAGAUACAGUGAACGGAAGGAGAAGCGGGAGAAGGGCCGGCUUUUAUCGCAGGCGGAGAAGGAGGCGGCCAAAGUCAAGCAACCCAUUGUUGCAUCCACCUAAGCAUCGCACUUGGCAACCGUGCGUCAGCCAUCGCUCAGUAUGCAGCUUGUAGACUGAUCAAAACAGGGAGUGGAGCGCGGCUGACCUACUCCGGGCGUUGGCCAGAUUUUAUUCUUGUUGUAGGCAGUACAAUCAUCAAUGAAACUGAUGAGCCUUCAGUACCUCUCUAGGGUCCGGCCGUGUGGCUAUGAAUGUAGUCACACUGUCUGUCUGAACUACACGUCGGAUAGAUCAUGUCAGUGUACGUGCAGAGCUAGAUACAGCUCUUUUCAAGCAACCUGCCGACUUGAAUUAGAGAGGGAAGCUUAGAAAGUUAGUCAAGUUACACAGCUACAUACUAAGCCAGGACUCACGUUGUAUAGUUGUCGUGACUCGCUAAAUGUAAUGUCGCGGUCUGCGACUAACGUACGCAUCUAACUUUUUAAGCUUCCCUCUCUAACUCAAAUCGGCAGGCUGCUCGCAAAGAGCUGUAAUCAAGGAACUGCUAACUCGUCGUCAAACCACCAAGCAGAGUACUUUGUACAAUAGUGGGUUGCAAAGUGAAAAACCUUCAACGUUUUGAUUAGGAUUCUAAUAGCACGCAGCACAAUUCCGAUCAGGCCCAUUGGACGUGACUUUUAACUUAUUGAACUUUGCAAGACCAUGGUCGUUACGCCCC